AACGUUGAAAAAAAUUGAAUUAAGUCAAAAUAAAACCAGAGAGCGCAAGGACAGGAAAAAUUAGGUUCUAGCUUCGGAAACAGAUAGGAAUAUUAUUUUUGUAAUCGAAAUGAGUUCUGUAAAAGAUGUGGCUACGUUGUAUCAAACUUUGAAGACAGAGUGGAGUAAGAAGCCACGUAAACUUGACAAAUGCGGCGAAUUGUUGAACAAGAUCAAGAUAGCUUUAACGCAGUUCAGUUUUUUACCGAGCAAUAAUGCUGCUGCAAACCAAAAAGAGUUGAUCCUUGCUCGAGAUGUUUUAGAAAUAGGAGCACAAUGGGCUGUUGCAGCAAAAGAUGUGAAAGCUUUUGAACGCUUCAUAUCUCAAUUAAAGUGUUAUUAUUUCGACUAUAAAGAUCACCUUCCGGAAUCAGCUUUCAUGUAUCAACUUCUUGGCCUAAACCUCUUGUUCCUGUUAUCCCAAAAUCGAGUGGCAGAGUUCCACACAGAGCUGGAACGUCUGCCAAUUGAUAUCAUAAGGGCAGAUCCUUAUGUAAGGCACCCUAUUGCUUUAGAACAAUACCUAAUGGAAGGCAGUUAUAACAAGAUAUUUUUGGCUAAGGGUAAUGUGCCAGCAGUGAGUUACACACUAUUCAUGGAUACCCUCUUGGAUACAGUCAGAGGAGAGAUAGCAGCUUGCAUUGAGAAGGCAUACCUUUCCAUCACUUGUGCAGAGGCAGCCAGGAGACUGAAUUUGCCAUCUCAACAGGCUGUUUUAGAGUAUGGGAAGAAACGUAAUUGGAUCCUUGGUGCUGAUAAUUGCUACCAUUUCAAUGCAGCUGAGGAGACUUCAGCAGCCAAUUACGGAAUUCUCCCCUCUUCAGAGUUAGCAGAACAAACCAUAGAGUAUGCCAGACACCUUGAAAUGAUUGUGUAACUUAUUUCUAGAUAAUAAAUACUACUAAUAAUUUUCUUAAAAAUACAAAUUUUAAUUUCAGGUUUAUGUGUUAUUUAAUACAAUCUUUAAAUCCUAAUCUGUGCCCCUA